CCCUCGUAAACCACCUGACAGCUGAGCCCCACCUCGAGCGCUCGCAGUCGCAGCCUGCCAGUCUACCACCACUCCUCCCACCCCACACAUGGAUUUCUCCGGCGGCGGCGGCCGCAGCCGCGCCGAGCCGGCCCGGUGGCUGGAGAUCGCCGGGAAGCUCCUCGCCGCGCGGGACCUGGUCGGCUGCAAGCGACUGGCGGAGCGCGCGGUGGAGGCUGACCCGGACCUCCCGGGUGCGGACGAGCUCCUCGCCGUCGCCGACGUCCUCCUCGCCUCCCAGCGCCAGCUCCCCUCUGGCCGACCCGAUCCGGUCGCCGUGCUCCAGCUCCAGCCCGCCCCCGGCCUUGACCCCGCCGCCGCCAAGCGCUCCUUCCACCGCCUCUCUCAGCUCGUGUCUUCCUCGCGUAACCCCCGUCCCGCCGCGGACACCGCCCUCCACUUCAUCCAAGAAGCCUUCGCUGACCUCUCCAACAACGCAUCCGCUGAUCCACCUCCUGCUCCCGCUGCCGCUCCUCCUCCUCCUAUUCCUGCUCCUGCUCCAGCUCCAGCUCCUUCUCCUAUUCCUGCUCCUGCUCCUGCUCCUGCUCCUGCUUCUGGGGACGCCUCCGCCUCGGCUGAUGCCGAUGCGUUCUGGACGGUGUGCCCCUACUGCUGCCAUGUGUACCAGUACCAGCGCGCGCUGGUGGGGCGCACGCUCAGGUGCCAGAGCGCCGGGUGCAGGCGAGCGUUCGUGGCCACCGAGAUCCCUAACGCCCCGCCUAUUGUGCCCGGCACCGACAUGUACUACUGCGCGUGGGGGUUCGUCCCCAUGGGUUUCCCUAAGGCAGCCGAUUUGAGCACCAACUGGAGGCCAUUUUGCCCCAUGUUUACUGGGAAUUCUGAAUCUCCGCCACAGCCAGCACCUGCGGUGACUGUGAAUGUUGAUGUACAGAAUGUUGAGAAUAAUGGCGGUGCUGAUGUACAAAGUGUUGAGAAUAAUGGAGGACCCAUUAACGCCAAUUCAACGCCAGCAAGUGUGCAGCCCCCAGAUAAGAGUGGUGACACUGGCCGUGCAUCAGGUCCAUCUAGAGGAAGGAUGAAGAAGACAACAGCCCGCAAGAAGGUUGGUGUUGUGCCCAAGAAACAAGGUUCCAGUAGCGUGGGAAGUGGCAUUGGGCCAUCUAUGCUUGGGGCAGUUUCGUUGAAUGGGGAUACAGGAAGUGGGCAGACAGUGGGUACUAGAGAGAUCAACAUAAAUGAGGUGGCAAAGCCAAGUGAUGGCGCCACAAUGUUGAAUUUUGGCGUGGAUGAGGAUAUCGGGUUUGAUUUGGAUGUUGAUACAACUGAUGCUAUAUUGGGGAAUUUGCACAACCUACCAUUCUUGAGGGAGGAUGACAAUAACAGAAGGAUGUUUUAGUUCUCAAUGUGCUCAGUGUAGGUGUUCGUAGAGGUGUUGUGUAUCAUAUGGUUGAAGGAAUUCCUACUUAGUCUGAUCCUUCACUACUACCCUUGGUUCCAUUGGUACCAUUUCUCAUCUUGAUUCUGUGUUCUGUAGUUAGCUAGUGAUCUGCUGUACCGUCUGGGUCAGUGCACUUUACAAAUCUGUAGAGUAGAGUAUCCCAAAUUAGUCGGGGGACGUCGGACGUGUAAUAUGUGCCAUCCACUGAUUAGCAUAAGGAGGUAACUGGUGAAUGGAGCAAUGCGCUCGGCAUGGAUGAUUGGUGAGGCUUUUAGUUUUUAUAAGGGUUAUGAUGCAACAGAGGUCAUAUGGAGCAGUAGCAGAUAAAUGCCAAUAUCUCAAUCAAAAACUCUAUGCAUUUCUUGUCAUCAGUUGAUUGCCUUCACUAGUCAUUGAAGUUCGGAGGAGCUGAAUAAGAGAAGUGGUUUGGCCGCAUGGGCGAAUGGCCGUAUGAAUUAUAAUUCUUUCUUUGUUGUUUGCCAUAUGCUAAGCUAUUGAUUUCCUCACCUGAACUAAUUGGGAUUUGUAUGUGCCAAAUUUUCCAUCGUAAGCGGAAAAUAGUCAUCACGAGCUUCAUGACCUCAAAUCGUUAUAUGUUUUUGUUUCGCAAAAAAUAAAAGGUUAUAUAUUUUCUUGUUGCUGGGACAGAUAAUUUUACACGAUGUGGUAACUAUUUGUAUAUUGGAUUUAUGAAUUUCAGCUACAGCAGCAAGGAUAUAAAUAAGAAAGAAGCUCCAAAUUCCAUA